AAAACAUUUUGCCCCUCCUGUUCAUGCUGUUGUUGUUGUUCGUUCGUAGGCUGUUUAUUGCCAUGCCUUGGCGUUGUUGUUAGUGUUGUUGCUGUUGUUAUCCUGCUGAUGCUGUGUAUCUAUGUAGAAUAUAUCGAUUUAUUUUGACUUCUCUUUAUGUGUUCAGCCUUCCCUAAUACAUACAAGCAGGGGCGUACUGAGAAAUAUUUGCAUUGUGAUUCACUUUGGAAUUGAAAGUAUUAAAUAUAUUAGUUUGUCUUGCUUUUUUAAAUCAAGUAAACUAUGGUUUAAUCAGUUGAAGCUUGAGAUUUUUAAAUAAGGUCUAAAAGAAUAUAUCAUUACUGUUUGAUUAACUUUCUAAAUAAGGUCCAACAGAAUAUAUCAUUACUGUUAUAUUUUCUAACAUUUAAAUCUUCUUCAGCUUUUUAAUAUUAAUUAGAUAUGUUUCUACCAACUUUCCAAAUAUAAAAUAAAUCGCGGAAGUAGUUUCAACAAUGCUGGAAAGCAGGCUACACUUUUAAUAUAUAAUAAUAUAAUAACAGUCAUAAUAUUUUACUAAUAUUUUUGUGAAUCCGUAAUAUAUGUACUGCACGCAAGUAGAGAUGAAUUUAUUUUUAUAGCAUCCUUUAAGUGAUCUGAAAUCCCCCUUGACCCGCUCCCGACCAAGCCCCUGCCUACAAGCGUAUUAUUUAAUACGGGCAGGACGAUAAGGCUCCAAAACUCGGUUAGCAGGCCCACUUUAGGGCGCUUCUGGGUUGAGCGGUUGAGCGGUUGAGGCUCCCUUUUGCCUUUUCCUCCUUCUUUUCUGGAUGUUGUUUCUCGCUUUACUUUUUGCGCUUAAUGCGCCAAUUCUGACAACAGUCGAGCGGUAAUGGGUGGGGGUCCUUCGGAUGGAAGGCAAGUCGGCAGCGACCCAAAGUCAAAUUGAGUAAAACGCAUUGAAAACUUAAGUAAUUUCCCAAGAACGGCCCACAGUUCUUAAAAGCUUUUUUUCCUGCCUUUGUUCUAAACGAGAAGCCCGAAGCAAACGUUUCUGCCUUUUUUUAUUACUAUUUUCUGUUUCGCUCCUUUGCUCUUGUUAUUGCAGAUGGCCAAAGUUGUUGGCCAAGUAUAAAAAUGUGUUUUAUAUUGUAAUAACGAAGAAUGCACUGAAGUCGAAACUCGACAAGCGGACGGGGGAAACCGAAAAAACAGAACAGCACACAAAAAUUCAUAAACUGUUUAAUGAAGCGGAGCAAUUACAUAAGGCCAAAAUCGAAGUGAGCAAGUGCAGCAAGGAAAUGCUAAAAGACGAUGAUAAAGCCAAUUAGAUUAGUAACAGAAAAGCCAAAUGAAAUUAGGGACACAACAAAAUUUGUGCUUUUCUAAAACCAUUUUAAUCUCUUUUCCGCAGUAAGAUGUUAAGAUGUAAUCGAUAAAAGCGUGCCAAGCCGUCCUCUUUACAAAGAAUCAACCCUCAACUAAAGUAAACUACGACUUUUUAAAGUUAUAAACCUUGAAAAGGACAAACGAAACGUUGGUAGAAUAGCAGAACAAGGAGUGACUUGUGUGUUUUUGUGUACAUAAAAACGGAAAGUAUGUGAAUCCGAGGUGCUAAAAUGGCCGCCCUCUUGCUUCUGGCCCACCUUGUGUCUCUAGUGUCCGUGCGUGUGAAAUAAAACAAAAAAAAAAGAAAAAAGAAAAGCGAAAAAAUAAGAAAAGCGAUAAAACGACAACUACCACAAUCAGCGACGGUGGAAUAGCGAUUCAAUGUCACAGUCAGCGAGCAGCAUCUAUGUGCCCAGCUUCAGAUACAGAUACAGAUUCAGAUACUGGCACCCAUAUACAUAUACCCACACCCACACAUAUGUAUACCGCUCGCGUGUGUAGAGAAAAGCCAUAGCCGCAGAUUAGUGAGCCAGUUUCAAGGGGCAGACAACGAAGAAGCCAAGACGACGACAAUCAACAUUCAUCAUACGCACCGUGGGACGCGGCGCAAAACGCAAAUGCAGCCCCCGAUCGAUCGGUACCGAAGAGCAUCCACCUGCCACUGACGACUCUCAGCAGCGCGCCGCGCGUGUUGAUGUGCAGCGCAUCCGUGGGAAGCGAAGGAUCCGUGACUCUGCAACUGCGGGAUGCGAACGCCCUGGAGGCACAUACCGCGAAGACAGCAGCCUCAUCCACGACGUCACCGAACGGCGCUUCAGGAGCGCCAGCGUCGACGCUAGAGAAUGCGCUGACCAUUGGCUAUCCGGAUCCGGAAAUGUUGGCAGAUGUCUUGGGCACCAUUCAGACAGCCUCUCUCAAGAACAACAACUCAAUCACAGCAGCAACUUCAAGCAAUAGCUCGGCCAAGUCGGCCAGCAGCAAUCAUCUGAACAAUCCCAAUAAGAUAACGAUAACCAGGCGCAGUGUGCAGUCGGUCAGCACCUCCACCUCCACGAGUACUAUUAAUACCAGCAAGAGCAACACCAGCUACAUCAAGAACUGCUUGAUUCGCAGCAGCAGCUGCAGCAACACGGUCACCAAUGUCACGACAUUGGCGCAGAUUAUGAGCAACAGCAGCACGAGCAGCGCCUCCAGUUUACUCAGCCAGCACAACAACAACAGCAACUGCAGCAACAGCAGCAACUUCAGUACCGCCUCCUCCGUCGGCAGCAGCAUCAGUGUCGGCAGCAACAGCAGCAACAGCAGCAGCAGCAACUGCAGCAACGGCAGCAACAGCAGCAACAGCAACGACAGCAACAGCAGCAGCGGCGGUGGACACAGUUUGAGUUUCAAAGGCACCGGGCGGCAUGUUCCCGUCGGAGGAUUGAGUUCAUCGGCGGCAGUCACAAGCGGUAGCGGUACCGCGAGCGGUAUCAGCAGUAUCAUCAGCGUCGAGGCGCCGCGGAAAAAUCGACCCAAGUUAUCCUCACCCACUCGUCACGGACCGCAGCAGUGUCAGAUUUGUUGCAAGAUCUUUGGAAAUGCCUCGGCGCUGGCCAAGCACAAACUGACGCACAGCGACGAGCGGAAAUACAUCUGUGCGCUCUGCUCGAAGGCAUUCAAGCGGCAAGAUCACUUAAACGGACACAUGAUGACUCAUCGGAACAAGAAGCCUUACGAGUGUAAGGCGGAUGGCUGUGGCAAGUCCUACUGCGAUGCCCGCUCCCUGCGGCGUCAUUCGGAGAAUCACCACGCCGGCGGGGCAGCCACGCCCACCACCAGCAACUCCCUCUCGCCCACCGCCAGCUCGAGCGGCACGAGCAACAGCAGCAGUGCCGGCGUAGCCACCAGUUCCCUCAGUCUUUCGCCGGCCACGGCCAGCGGGGAUGCCAGUUCCCCGGACGGAGCCACCUGCAUCCGCACCUACAUUUCCACGGGCAGCUCGGUGGUGGACGCGGCCACUGGGAUCGCCCUGUCGGAGGAGCAGAUCAAGGCCAUGAACCUGCCGAUCAAGACGGGCGUGACUCUGCUCUCGCCCACCACCUCCACCUCGUCGAACGCCUCCUCCACGGCCUCGUCGGCCAGCUCAUCGCUUUCCUCGGCGGGAUCGGGUGCGGGUUCGAUGUCGGGAUCUGGAUCUGCAUGCGGAUCCAUUUCGAUGGCCCCUUCGCCAUCCAACUCGAUGGUGGCCGCCAGUUCGCCCACCAUAACACUCAGUGAUGGCAUGAGUCUCGAGGGCGAGGGCCUGACCCGCGAGCAGCUGGAUCUCAUCAGCAAGAUCAUGCAGCAGACGAAGCAGACGAGUGCCCAGGUCACCGUCUCCUCGCCCACCAGUGUCAGCUCCUACAAGAUCAACACCAACUCGUCGCCAUCGCAAAACAGACCGCGCACCUGGAACAUGCAAUUGCUAAAUAGUGCCCAAAAUGUUACCGUCACCGUGGAGGACAACUCCGAUCUGGCGGCUCCCUCCUCCAAUUCGCCCGUGGAGGUCAAGGAGGAGGAGCUGAGUCCCCAAAUAGUGGGCAACAUGAAUCCCCACCUGCUCAACAUCGUCAAGCUCGACAAGCCCGUCGAGUGCAAUCUCUGUCACCGAAAGUUCAAAAACAUACCCGCCCUCAAUGGGCACAUGCGUCUGCAUGGCGGCUACUACAAAAAGGAUCCGGAAACGAAGCGCAGCGAGAAGAAGGACUCCAGUGGUCCGCCCCUCCAGACGGCCAGCAUCGGAGUGCGCGCCCUCAUCGAGGAGAAGAUCAUCAGCAAGCGCAAGGACAUGACUAAGGGCUCCUUUGUGGUUCCCGCGCCACCACACAGCAGUGGCACCACCACCACCCUGCGCCGGUCGAUCAGCGACCUGGAGAGCUUCCUCAACCCGAAGACGAGCACCAGCAGUCACACCCAGACGAUGACCACCAGCACGGGCACCACCACAGCGGUUCUGCCGGCGGCCACCACCAUCAAGAGCAGCAACGGACUGAGCAUCCAGCAGAUUGGCCUGCCGCAGAGCAUCGAGAUCUUCAGCGGGGGUCAGAAGCAGGCCAAGACGCUCAAUCUGGGCACGGGCACCAAUACGAUCACCAUAACCACCAACAAUGUGCCCACCACAACGACAAUGAGUGCUCUGACUGCAUUGAAGGCGGGAGGUACCAUUAGCGGCAUCUCCACGGCCACCAACACGGAUCCCAAGGACUCCACUCUCAUAGAGCUCCUGAAGAGGGGAACUCGCAUUGCGGUGACUUCCAAGAAGGCCCAAUCCCAGUGCCAAUCGGGAGCUGGCAUAAUGAUGACCUCCAGUGGAACGACUGCAAGUGCAAUGGGCGCCGUCACCGAGUUGACCACCAUUGGUGGCAGUGGCGUGCAGACGGUUGGCCGGCAGAUCAUCACCAACAACAACCGCACCGUGAUCAUACCCUCCGAUGUUCAGGUGGUGUCCACCCGGAGCAAGCUGAGCAGCUUGAGCAGUUUGGUUAAGAGCAACAUCACCAGCAGUGGCAGCUGCUCCUCGGGGAAUCUCCAACUGGCAGAUGGCACACCGCUUUCCCUGACCAUCGCACCCAAUCAGGAGAUCUCGGGAGAUGGAGCCGGCGGAACGGGCAGUGUGAUCACCAGCGGCGGAGGAGGAGUCUACACAGUGACCUACACCAGCGAUGGCACCGAUCUCUUCGACGAGGCCGAGGUGUACAACGUUUCGGACACGGAGAUGCUGCUGCAGACGGUGGACUCCAUGGAGCUGCUCAACGACGAGGAGGACGAGCCGCAGAUUAAGAGCGAACAUUCCGAGGACUUUGCCCUGCUGAGCGAGGCCGGCGACAGUGCCCACACCCAGUUGGUCAAGUUGGAGCCGGAAAGUGGGCAGGCCAACGCAUCCGUAUCCGGCACAAACACCACGCCGCUGCCCACCUUCCAGCAAUUCCAUUCCAAGGAGCUGAUCAUGCAGAACAGUUCGCAGAUCCAGGCGAUAGCCAGCAUGCGGGGAAGCGGAGUCCUGGCCUCGCCCCUCCACUCGCCUCUGGCCUAUCCCACGCCGCCGUCGAGUCACGAGAACAUGGCCCAGAGCUCGCCGUUCAUCGAUGAUGCAGCCGCCCAGUUUGUGGACGCCAGCAACACCUUCUUCGGAGACAAGACGGACUUCUCGCACAUCUACUUCAAGACGGACGAGGGCGAGGCCACCAUCGAGCAGUUGAACGAGCACGACAACGAGAAGAUCCUGAAGCUGAAGUCGGUGCUGGAGGAGAGCAGCUUCGAUCCCUCCAUCAAAGUGGAGGAUCUGCUGAAUGGCACGGACGAUGACACCGAGUGCGAUCUGCGGGAAUUCGCGGAAACGAAUCUCUCCUUUCUGGACGAGGAUCAGGAGUUCCUCAACGACUCGCGCAAUGCCACCUCCCCGCUCUCGGAGUCCUUCUUCACCAGCGGCAUUGGCUCCGCGGAGGAUGUAAAGCAGGUGCUGAGGGAAGUCCUGCCCGACGAGAACAUGCAGCUGCAGCUGAGCAGUGAGCAGCAGGGGGAGAACAUCAUCGAUCUCUACUAUCUGCCCGGUCUGGGACUGCAAUCCCAGAUGAUGCCCAACUCGGAGGACCCCUUGCUCUCCUCCUCGCCCCGGGAAUUUGGUCAGCAGCGGCAGCAGAUGGCUCUGCAGGCCACCAGCAUGCAGCAGCCACUGGAACAGGGCAACGGCAACAUCUACCAGCAACAGCAGCAGCAGCAACAAGAGCAACAGCAGCAGCCACAAGCGCAGCAGGAGCAACCGCAGCAACAGCAACAACAAUUGCUGCUGCCCCAGCAACCACUCAACCAAACGGAAUCCCUGCCAGCGGUGGGCCAGCAGCAGGGUGACUUUAUGCUGCCCCUGGUGGGUGGCCACGGAUUCACCCAGGUCACCAGCCAAGCCCAGUACAUGGACAACGGUCAGGGUGGCAUGGCGAUGCAGCCCCUCAACAGCCUGCUGCAACCUCUGCUCUAUGGUGGGGCAAGCACUUCCACUCACAACGCCACCGCCGCCGGGGGCAACGAAGCCCUGCUCACCACCGAUUGCCAAAUGAAUGCCGGACAAGGCCAAAUCGAGGCGGGCCUGCUGUUCGCCUGCGGCAACACGACAGCCGUGGCCAGCAAACCGCUGCCCAAUCCUCCCAGUGUGGCCUAUCUGCAGCCGCUGUCGAACCAAACCAAUUCCAUUCUGAAGCGCCGCCUCCGCUCCAAUGCGCCCCAGGAGACGCACAAGUUCUCCAAGUUCCACACCCUGUCGCCGCAUCGCUCCAAGCUGCGCAAGCCAUCCCGCACCCACUACACACCCGCACCGCUCCUGAAUCCGGAUCGCAAGGGCACGGGAUUGUACUGCAAUGUGCGCAAGCAACUGGGUCAGGGUCUGUUCGACGCCUUCGACGACGACUUCGGGGAUUCGGUGGGUCUGGUGGACUUCUCCGACGAGUCCAAGGUCAAUCUGGGCUCGACCUACCAGGCGCAGAUACCCAGCUGCAGGCCAAUGGAGGAGGCCACUCGGGAGGCACUGGGCGCCGAGCUGAUGUGGAAUCCCGAGGUGCAGGAGGACGACAAGAUCCUGAUGCGAUACAUUGAUCUCAGCAAGUCAUCGGCCGUGCCCAUGGGCAGUCAUUCCGAGGAGGUGGCGCUCCACACGCUGCUCAAGGCCAAGGGGAACUCGGCGGCAGCGGUCCUGACCCUGCUCCAAACCCAGUCCGGCGCCUUCCAGAUGAAGUGGACCGCCUACGAGCUGGAGCAGUUUCUGCGAGGACUGGAGAAGCAUGGCAAGGACUUUGGCAAGAUUGCCAGUGAGUUGCAGACAAAGUCCUCCGGGGAGUGUGUGCAAAUGUACUACUUCUGGAAGAAGCUGUGCGUGGACUACAAGGUGUCGCAUUUGAAGAUGGAGCCCGUGGUGGUGAUUGCACCGGCGGUGGAGAAGCCCUAUGUGUGCGAGAUCGCAGACUGUUCAGCGAGCUUCAGUUCGAAAGCGGCGCUGCACGGCCAUGUUCGCAUACACGCUUAUGGCCGCAGUGCCAGCAGCAACACCAACAGCAGCAGCAGCAGCCACAUGCAACAUGCCGCGGCAAAUAGUGCCAACUCUACCAGCAGCAGCACUAGCAACACCAACAACAGCAGCAGCUACGCAUGUGCAACGCUCGCCAGCAGCAACAGCAAUAAUCCCGGCAACAAUGCCACACCAGCAGCAGCAACACACGCCGGCAACAUGAGUCAGCACGGCAGCAACUGCAAUAGCAAUCCGAAUGCAGCGACAGCAACAUCAUCGCUUUCAAUCACGCCCAAAUCGGAAUCGGGCAUGGGCAACACUACUUUACCAAUUGCCAAGGAGGGCGAGUUCCCCUGCAAGGUGUGCGGCAAGGUCUUCAAUAAGGUGAAGAGUCGCAGUGCGCACAUGAAGACGCACCGCGUCCAGGAGCCGGAUCAAAAGCACCAGCUGAACCACCAGGCUGGCAUAGGAUUGGCCACCACCAUCGCCACAUCAACCAUCACCACCCCGUCGUAGGGACCGAUCGAAAAGGAUAAAGGAUAAUGGACAAGGAAUUAUUAAGGCGAACAUAGCAAACAAACAAAAAUCGAUUGACAAUCGCAUUAAGCAAGCAGCAAGCAUUGUUUACCACUGUUAGAAUUUAUGCUUAGACGAAUUUGAGUCUAAAAAUCAAUGUCACGUGUACGUAGUAGUUAAAGGCAUUUCUUCACUAGGUCUAUCUCUAAAUCUAAAUCUAUCUCUCUACCCCACUCUCUCAAUCACUUCUAUAUCUAUCCCCUAAGUAGAAGACACUGCGACUCGCACUAGGUUAUAAGUCUAGCCAAGGAUUGGUACAAGUUCAAAUUGAAUUGUUAUUGACUAAUGUAGGCAAGUGCAAUAUUUAUGUUGAAGUACUAGUAUAAUACGAAAUACGAAUAUGUAAGUGUAUACCUACCGUUUUUUAUAGUAGGCGUUUAUUCUGCUCGACUCGACUGUAGAUGUACUCUAAAACUAUACUACAAAUAUGGCUAAAGCUAAGGCGAAAUCCCGAUCUAUGAUAAACACUAGUGCAUAAUUACUGUUAACUACAAGUUUUUCUACUCAAAUACUCGUACAUAGUUGCAACACACUACACUGAUACUUUACUAGGGCGAUAAAUGAUAAAUGAUAAAUGUGUAGGACGUAAGAGAAUCUCUAUAUAUACAUACUUGAUAUAAUUACAUGCCUAGGUGUACGACGUAUGCGAUAUAUGAUUGUUGUUCUAGUUUUAACGACGCAAGUCAGCAACUCCGAGUAGUUGAAGUUUUACUUAGAUUGUACUUACCUACCUACGAACCUAAACUAUUGAACUAUGGCUUAGAUACCGAAAACCCAAGAGAAAAUCUAGUGAAAUCAAGUGAUAUUGAGUGAGAUCAAAAACGAUUUUAGCUAAACGUGAACAAAAUUCAAUGCACACCAAUGUAAAUGGAAGUUGAGAAAAGUUUUAACUUUACUUUUAACGCAAAGAUGUAGGUUGUAAGAGACACUGUACAUAAGAGUCUAGCAAAUUAACCGAUAAGAAAGGAUGUCUUUCAAAUUUCUCCAAAACGCAUAAAAGACAUUAAUCUAUUUAUAAUUAUAGAUCCCCUGCCCCUGCCCACACCCACAAAUACAAAGGAAAAACAGAGGGUUUGAACUCCGAACUUUGAACUUUGAACCCCACUAAGAACACACACACACACACAGAUACACUCACAGUGCCAUUUUUAUAUAGGCCUAGGGUAUACAUAGUUAUUAUAUUAUUAUUAUUAUAAUAUUAAAUUAAAUGGUACAACAGUAAAUCUGCCAGUAAUUUGAACAACAACAAGAAUCACACGUUUUCCAUUUGGACAGUGAGCUAAUGUACUACAACAAAUUGAUCAAUUGAUUCAACAUUUCUGAGGCAAAUGCCGCCGGGUGGUAUGUUAUUGACAAUGGCGUAAAUUAAUCUAGUUUAAUGUAAACCAAAACCAAAACCAAAACCAAAGCAAAACCAAAUGAAAUACUCACGUUUAGUCUAAUACCUUCCGCCCCUUUCCAUUCACCAAAACCCAUAGAUUCGGACAGAAAUUUGGAAGAUGGGAACUAUUAGCAAUUCUUAUGGUUGUACUCGCCAGUUGUGUGCGUCACUUUUUCUAAUCAGGUGCUGUAAAUAGAAAGAGCGAUAUACAAACCACCUCGAAACUGGAGUAACCAUUCAGAGACGGGGUCUGUCACUCCACUAUUCAUUUUUCUGGCCUUGUGUUCGCAAUAGCAUUAGUAGGCAUACAAUAGUCAUAGAUUAAGUUGAUGUACGACAUAAUUCUUGCAUAUUUUUUGGUGUUAUAUACAAUAAGCGUAAGCAGAUAUACAUAAAAAACCGAUACAGCUACAGCAGCCCACCAUAAAGCACCUUCAGUAACUGUUUGUUGUGGGCCUUCAAAGCCGUUUAAAGACUUUCUCGCGUACAAAUACAAAACCGAAUACCUACAUCCCCUUUCAAUCUGUAAUGGUCAUCCUUUGUUGUGUGCAUUUUCUCCUCAGAAGUCUUCCGUUUCCGCUUCCAUUUCCAUUUCCGUUUCCGCCUGAGUUGGUCCAUCUAUUCUGUUCGAUUCUGUUCUAUGCUCAAAUGCCUUCAAGCGUAAGUCUUAAGUAUUAUUAAAUAAAGUAUCCACAAAUGAGUGUUUAUCCUUAAGUAAGUGUUCAAAUCUAGAGUGUAACGCUAGCUUAAGUUGACAUGUGUGUGCACUUUGUUGCUUUUGAAAAAGUUUCCUAAAGACAAAGAAAGGAUAGAUGUAAAGUUAAGCAACUGCUCGAACGUCUAGUCAAAUGCGGUAGAUAUAUCACCUAAUUUAUUUAUGUUUUAUUUUAAGUUUCAUUUACUGUGCCAAAAUGUUUAUCGUUUACCAAUUAAAUGAUUUCAACUGUUUCAUUUUUCACACGAUCGUCUUGCCUUUUUAUUUUCCUAGUUAAACCAUUGCCGAAAAUAGUAAAGGACAAUCUGUGACAUUGAGUGCUACUUCCUCUAUGUUUCCAAGCGAUUAUUUCCGGAAUCAUCUGCAAAAUCUCAGCGGCAGCGGUUCCGCCUCACUCACUUUAUUCGAAUACUCUGCGUUGUGAUUGUUCAUUAAGCGAAUGUAAAGAUAAACUGUAUUUAUGCAAUACAAAUACGUAUUUAAAAGUAACCUGUAUAUAGAUGGCGGCCCACGUGGCUCCAGCUUCCUCAAAAGCCAAACUAAUUCUAGCUCAAACGUCGAAUUCACUCGAAUCAUCAGUAUAUACAAUUUAGAUUCUAAUUCAAAGACACUAUAUAGUUGCAUGAGUGGUUUACUUCUUCUCAGCAUCUGUUUGCCAUAUUUUGUAAAUCAUACUACCAUAAAUGUCAUACCGAACGAACGAGAACCGAAUAUUAAAAUUAGAAAACGCAACAGAAUUACUUCGAAAUACAAUACAAAACCUUUUGAAAUUGAAAACGAUUGAUAAUAGCUAUUAGACAUAUCAAUUUUAUUUAAACCGAAUUGAGAAAUCCAUUCAAAAAUAUAUAUAUAUGUAUACAUAGUCCGUACACCUCCGUGUGCAUCUGUGCAUGUUUGCAUUCCUGUUUAGCCAAGUAAGAGGUCAUUUUAAGCGUCAUCGUAGUAUUUACAGGAUCUUCUGUGAGGCACCUCUUUCGAAUCUUUGCUUUCAUGCGGAAUCUCAGAGUAUUUAGACUGACGAGUAAUAAAACAAUACGAAAUUAUGAGAUAUAACUUUGACGCGUUCCAUAAAACCUUCGUUUCGGUGCCGAACAACGAUCGAUCGCGAUCUUACCUAAGGACGCGAUGUAUUGCGAGACAAACUUUACCGCUCAGUAUUAUCGAAAUGCCCGAUUUCCUUUCCGAAAACGGAAACGGAAACGGUCGAAUACAAAUCGGGCGGAUCGGCCCUGCUAUGAUUAAGUACCAUAUACAUACAAAGAACUACACAAAUCUACGAUGUAAGUUUUAACUGUAAUAUGCAAAGAAACACUUUUAUAAAGAAGCAAACUGUUACUUUAUGGCAUUUAGUUGAGAUGCUGUAACCUCUUGUUGAUCGUAAAUUGUACUUAGCAUGUAAUACCUAUUUAACUCGCAGACACCUACACACGAAUACGGCAUUAAAAAAUAUAUAAAUGUAUUUAUACAGUGCUAAUAUUAAUAUUCUGAUAUGAACGAAUAUUUUAUGGUACAUCUAUAUAUGUACAUAAUAAGAGUAAAUGUUUUCAUGGUUGUAAACUGAUGAUCAAAAAUAGAUUUAAACAAUUUUACAUGCUUUUAUUUAAACGCAGUAUUACUUCGAUCUUGCUUUACACUUUUUGGUACCUAAUAAUAUUCAAUAAUAACGUCACAUAUAAUGCAUUUCUUUCAACGAACACAGACACGUCUCCUUCGUUUAACAUCAUUCAUUGUUUUUACCAGACUUACAAUCUCACAAACGAUGCAAUGGAUAAACGAAAUAUUUUCUGAACAUCACACACUUUGAUAAGAAAUGAUCAAUGUAAGCGAUAUUUAAAAGAAAAAUCAUGAAUAUUCCCUCCAAAUAAUUUUUAAAAAAUUACGUAUUUGCUAGAAGUCAAAUCUCUGAUAAAUGUAAUGGAAGGAGACAGAAGGGGAUUAAGGGUUCUCAGGAACCUUGGCAUACUGAGAAGGGGAAACUGUCUAUAAUGGAGAAAUAAUGUAUUUAGCAUGAUGUUACCAGUUACAUUUAACGUAAUUACAAUUACAAUGAUUAUUGUGUAUUGCAUGUGUAUGUGAAGUGUAUGUAAUUACAAGUAAACUCUACAAAAACCGAAAAAAACGAGAUAAGUGGAAGGAGAAACUGUGGCACACUUUUGCCAUUUAAUAGUAGUCAAUUCUUCAAAACGCAUUAGGUUAAGAGUGAAGACGGCAUGAUGAUAUAUGGACACUAUUUUCUAAACGUAUUACAACAAUAAUUUAUGAAUUUGUUGGUAAUUUUAUACAUAUAUAUACACAGUUACUUUUGUUAGCUAGCAAAACGACAACGACAACUUAGGUAGCGCCGAGGUAGAUAAACUUUAUGAAUGUUGUACCCAAAGCCCACGCCCCGGACACCCGCGAGAGCACACUGUACAGGCACGAACCUCACGGCGGGAUGGAGUCCUGGAAUCCUGGAGUCCGUCCCUACGCAUCCUACCAAGCUAGUUAGGUCCGCGUCCCUCGAAACACGUUUUCUCCUCAUUGACACUCUACACUCCUCAAUCGACACUCCACACUCAUUGAUUACAAUCUAUGUUGGAUCCGUUGUACUCUGCCAUUUUUGGUGUGAUAUUCUAUUGGUUGUGGCGGUUAUUUUAGGCCGCUUUACACAUUGUUGCAUUUCUACUAAUCGUAACUGGCCUAAACUGGGUCAGAAUAUUACGAAAAACGAAUACUGAUAAACCAAAAAAAUUAAAUGUUAUAUAACUUAUUCAAUUUCCUGUUGUUGUUUUGGUUGUACAUGCGCAAUGGUUUUUGAACUCGUUUUGACUAACUGUAACUGAUUGCCAAACUUUGUUAACUAUUUUAGUCCAUACAUACGUACAUACAUACUUUUAGGUUUAAGCACUUGUAAUUUAAUCGAACAUGAUUUGAGCAAACUUAAUGAAAAUGAACUAAACUUACAAAACACAAAACGAAAAUAAAGUGGUGGUCGUAACUAA